CCGUCUUUAUCCUGAGACUAGAUUGACUUGGCCUUGCAGCUUUGCUUUGCUUGCUUGCGGUACCCGGUACUUCUUUCGUUCUACUCGUCUGCGUCUGUCUUCUCACUCUUUGCACUUCUCUCCUCCUCCCCCUCUUCCUCUCCGCUGGUCCAGGAAUCUGGCAUGAGCGACGUAGUCCCCUCUUCCUUCCCUCACUAGCUCUGCCCUCCUGUCACCAGCAAUCUCACAACCGCCCAUACAAGUAAAUUACAAGUGCUUUCCCUUUUCCCACGAUCCAACCCAACCGACCCUACUACUCUCUCCCUCCCACCGCACCCCUCCAGUCUAUCCAUCACAUCCUCCAACCCGCUUCAUAAAUCUACUAUACUCGGACACAUACAAUGCCUACUCAUCCCAAACAAAGAAAAAUUGCGAUCGUGGGUAGCAGAGCUGUCGGCAAAUCCUCGUUGACAGUGCAAUUCGUCGAAAAUCACUUUGUCGAGUCGUAUUAUCCUACCAUUGAGAAUACCUUUUCGAGGGUUAUCAAGUACAAGGGUCAGGAAUAUGCGACUGAGAUUAUUGACACCGCCGGGCAGGACGAGUACAGCAUUCUCAACUCUCGCCAUUCUAUCGGGAUUCAUGGAUAUAUGCUCGUCUACUCGGUUGCCUCUCAACAGUCGUUCGAGAUGGUCAAGAUUAUUAGAGACAAAGUUCUUACGCACCUCGGCGCGGACUGGGUCCCCAUCGUCGUAGUCGGGAACAAGUCGGACCUACACAUCCAAAGACAGGUCACGGCCGAGGAAGGGAAGGUUUUGACCCAGCAGUGGAACUGUGCCUGGACCGAGGCCUCUGCUAGGCAUAACGAAAAUGUGGCCAAAGCAUUUGAAUUGAUGAUUGCUGAGGUGGAGAAGGCCCAAAACCCUUCGCAGGCCACAAAUGGUGGUAAAUGCAUCAUCAUGUAAUCGGUUCCUACCGUCCUUGUGCUUCUGAUUCUCCUAUUCCCUACGCAUCGGCGAUGCGUUCGCUACACCCCCAUCUCCUUUAGUUAGUGAUGGAACUUUACGAUUGUCAUCGAAUUCGAGAGGGGUUCUUUCUUUUUCUUUUUUCUCUUUCCCCUCCGAAGCUAGUUUCUUUUGUCCUGGUUUGGUCUUGACUGCCUAUUCAAUUAUGGGGACUCUUCUCUUUUCUGUUCUUUAUAACCUUUUCACUUUCUUCGUUUUUGAUACGGCAUAACAGUACACAAGGUUUAGAAACAUGAAUAAUGGGGGUAGGGGUUUGGGAGAAUGGGAGUUUACGUGACAAUGAUGAUGGCGAUGGUGAUGGUGACCAUGUAUAAAUUUGUUUUCCUAUACGGGUUUUGAUUAUCUUGUAUUCUUUUUUCUUCUUCGGGAUGUUUUUUUGUAUUAGGUUUUUGUAUGCUUUUUAUGGGGUAUUUCUCUCUUAUCUUUCUUGCACGAACACUAUUAUACUUUUUUUUUUCUUUUACCCCUUGCCCUAAAUGAAGCCAAGACUAUAUUUCA